UCCCGGACCAUCUUGCAAUCUUCACUUUUCAUCAUGUUGUUCAAAACUGCCACCGUUGUGGCUUUGGCAGCUACAGCCAGCUGCGCAACAAUUCUGUCAGAGAAGAGAAAUAGCGGCUGCCCUGACGAUCAAGAACCCACUCAGGUCCGCUUGGCGUAUCAUGGCGAUCGAGGCAUGUCCGUCAGUUGGAACACGAAGUCGAAGUUGGCCAAGCCGUCCGUUGAGUUCGGGACGACCAUGGAGCUUGGUGGGACUGUGUCAUCCAGCGAAUCAAUCACCUAUCCAACCUCGUCGACCUACAACAAUCAUGUUGUUAUCACUGGACUCCAGCCGAACACCAGGUAUCACUAUCAGCCAUAUUGUAGUCAGCGUAUCUACAGCUUCACGACAGCGAAAUCUGUUGGUGAUGGUGAUGAUUUUAAGUUCGCUAUGGUUGGAGAUAUGGGAACGAUGGGUCCUGAUGGCCUCUCGACAACAGUCGGAAAGGGUGCUGCCAACCCCCUGAAGCCUGGCGAGAAGAAUUCGAUUGACUCCCUUCACGAUCAGAAAACAAGUUUUGACUUCGUGUGGCACGUUGGUGACAUUGCGUACGCUGAUUCCUGGGUCAAGGAGGAGACUGGGGGAUAUGUCACACCCCUCAACCUCAACGACAAGGGAGCAGAGUAUGACAAGAUCCUCAACGAGUUCUAUGACGAGAUAGAACCAAUCACCAGAGAUGUUCCCUACAUGGUUGGCCCGGGAAAUCACGAAGCCAACUGCGACAACGGCGCGAAUCUCACUCUGUGCUUGCCCGGCCAGCUGAACUUUACGGGAUAUCGUGCGCAUUGGAACAUGCCAUCGGACGUCUCCGGCGGUGUUGAAAACUUUUGGUAUUCGUGGAACCACGGAAUGGUGCAUUUCAUCACCUUCAACACUGAAACUGAUUUCCCAAAUGCGCCUGAUGAGCCUGGUGGUGAGGGUGCUGAGUUUGCUGGCCCAUUUGCUCCAAGUGGUGCUCAGCUUGCUUGGUUGGCAAAGGACCUUGCGGCUGUAGACCGAAAGAAGACACCAUGGGUUAUUGCAGCUGGCCACCGGCCGUGGUAUGUCAGCACAACUGAAUGUAAGGAGUGCCAGGCGGCUUUCGAACCGCUUUUGCUCAAGUAUGGUGUUGACCUUGUUCUUCACGGACACAAGCACUUCUACGAACGCGAGUCAGCGAUCAAUAACUUCACCGCCUCAGAGAUUGAGAAGAAUCCGUCGGCUCCGUGGUAUAUAGUCAACGGCGCCGCAGGCCACUACGAUGGACUCGACACUCCCACUUUCCCCUUGGUCCCAACCUCGAGAAAGCUGAUUGUCGAAUACGGUUGGAGCUUAUUCACGGUGCAUAACUGCACACACUUGACGACUGAAUUCAUUGCAAGCGGAAAUGGCUCUGUCCUUGACACAGCAACUCUGUACAAGGCGCGAACUUGCGAUGUUACCAAGGACCACCCCUAGUGGCUCUUGCCCGCAUAAUUGAGUGCUACUCACCCUGGCUUAGCUUUUGAAGGAGACGAAGACAGUACAAAUGCGAUUAAUUUAAUGGAAUAAUGAGACUUUAGUAAUGGGCACCUGCUGCAUAAUAUUCAC